GCAAUAACUGAGUCCUUGCGUGUCCUUCGCUCUCGCGGGAAUGCUCUCGCAGGUAUAUCUUACAUCCUACCUGAGGUUCUGGCGACUAUCUUUACAUACAUCGUCGAAGAGGAGACUGUUAAGAUUUUUAGGGGCGCAUCCCGCUGUCGUGUUCCUGCUAGUGUGAUAGUCACACACGUCUGCAGGCAUUGGUCCCAAGUCGCCCUUGAGUGCACGACUCUGUGGGCAUACAUCGAUUGUGUCUCUGCUCGUUGGUCAGCCGUCAUGCUUGAGAGGUCGAAGAAAGCUGCUUUGGUCAUC